AUGUCAUCCAUCCCAGAACCCACAUCCCUCAAAACCAGUUCCAGCUCGUCUCGCGAGCAGCUCACGCCUAAGUCCGAAAACACGGUGUUCAGUGUGGCCCACAGCAAGACCAUCUGGACCACUCAGCCUCCUCCAGGUAACUGUGAGUUCUACUGGCACGCAGUUCUCCUCAUGACCUCCGGAGGCAGUGUACUCAUCUGUGGGAUGGUGUUAAGUGGACUUUACUUCACUGGGAUUUCAGUAAUGACCACUAACAUCCUAGGCCCAGCGCUGCUGUCCAUCGGUCUGAUGGUUUUGGUAGUGGGCGUGGUUUUGGUGCCUAUUACGCGAGAAAUGAGGAGCCAGAGUGCGACGAAACGGCUUUGCAAUUAUUACAAGCCUCAGUUAAACCCAUGA